CUGAACACAAAUGGUGAUUUUGGUCAAGUUUGUCCUUCUGGUUUCUGUUCAUUCAAUAUCAGUCAAUGAAGCCUGACUUCCAGAAGCUUCAUGACAUUAUUUGAUGAUGCUUUUGAAGCUUAUGAAAGUUGGACUCCAAUGUAUGAACAGAAACCAGCAAAACAAACUUGACCAAAAUCACAUCCUCAAUGUCCUUGGUCUUUGUCUAAUUGCUCUCGCUGGCUCUGGGCUCACUGAGGAAGAAGAGACCACAUCAACAUCUGGGCCAAAUGAGGCAGUAAGGGCAGGAGGAGUGAUGGAGGGUCUCAUCCAUGGCUCUACACCAUUCCCAGGAUCUGCUGUGGCUCUCCAUCCUCAGUGCUCACACCAGUCUGAGGACAUUUCACAUCCUACAAAAAUGCACAAACAUAACACAAAAGCAGUCAUUUUAACAGUACAAUGUCAUCUGAUUUCUGUAUUAGAAGUAACAAAAUGAUCUUUAUAUUUUUGUUUCAGGUUUUCCCUUUUUUUUUGUUCACAAAUGCUGCCGUCACCUUGCCUUGCAGAUCCUGCUCCACCACAAAAGCUCUGCAGCAAAUGCACAGAAAUCAAGAAUCAGAAAAGCACUUCCCACCAACCUUCAAAGGUUCAGUUGGAAAAAUUGUCUACACUUUGGAGACAAAACUAUCCCGAUCAAUGCGUAUUUCUAGCAAAGCCAAAGCAGAGUUUCACUAUGUCCCUAGUCUUGAUGUGUCCAAUCCUGAACUAAUGGCGCCUCAACACGGAAUCAAAGAUAAACAAAUGAAACUCUUCACCUCUGGGAGUGUCUCCAUGAACAUAAAGACUGAGAAAAUGGGAUACUACCUCGGAGAGGGCUUGAAAGUUUUGGCUAAAGUUCAGAACAAUUCAACCCGUGCAAUCAAGCCAAAAUACUGCCUGUAUGAAAAACACAGUUUUUUCGCAAGAGGAAAGAGAAAACUUCACACACGUGACCUUUUGAAAGAAGAAGGGGAACCCAUUGAGCCAAACUCAAGAAAAACUGUCACCAAAGUGCUGCCCAUUCCUCCCAGCCUUACCAUCUCUAUCCUAAACUGUAGGAUCCUCAAGGUUGAGUACAGACUCAGGGUCUGCCUGGAUGUGCCAUUUGCCUUAGACCCAGAGAUCAAAUUCCCAGUAGUGAUUCUUCCUCUUCAGUCUUUAUCAGGUCUAAGUAGUGCUACAAACAGUGACUUUGGAAUCCGGAAUCAACCACCAGGUGGCAAUAUGUACCCCAACCCACCUCCUAUGCCUCUAUCUGCCCCACCAUUUAAUAUGGUACCUGGUCAGUUUGGUGCUCUGGGUUACCCUGGACCUCCUCCGAGUCAAUUUCCUGCUCCUGGUUACCCUGGACCUCUGGGUCAGUUUGCUGCUCCUGGUUACCCUGGACCUCCUGGUCAGUUUGCUCCUCCUGGUUACCCUGGACCUCCGGGUCAGUUUCCUGCUCCUGGUUACCCUGGACCUCCGGGUCAGUUUGCUCCUCCUAGUUAUGCUGAAUCUUCUGGUCAAUUUGGUCCUUCAUUUUCUCAUCAGUCUGACUUAUCAGCUCCACCUCCAUAUCAGGAAUAUCCACAGUUGCCAGACCACCCUGAAAAAUCUUGACAAAAUGUUUUUAGAAUCACCUUGUAAGUUUAUUUUAUGAUGAUUGUUUUACCUAAAUUGCUAGAAUGAUUUGUAUUUUGAUGUGCCUAUUUUUAAUUAGGGAUGUUGACAGUAUUUAAGCUAAAAGCAAAUAUCCUAUACUUUUUGUUGUUGUAUUUCUAAACCUUCAGUAUAGGGCUACAUUUUACAUCCCUCAAAAAAGAUAAAUCCUCCUUUAUUAUGAAGUAGAUACUGUUCUUCAGAAAUGUUUUAUGCCUUAAACAGUUGCAGGAAGUAUGCGAACCCUUGGAUUUACUAUGACUUUCUGCGUAAAUUGUUACAAAAUAAUCAGAUUUUCACAACUCAAAGUCUCCUCAGCACACAACCAUAUAUUUUCUUUUUUUUUUUACUGAACACUGACUCUAUACUGGAGUUAAAUUUGUAUUUUAUAUAUUUUCAUUUAUGAAUUAAAUAUAAAACAUAAAACUGAAUGUACUCUCACAUAUUAUCAUUGGUAAUUAUCUGUGCAAAAUAUAUGCUUUCCCUGCAUGUCCACUCUUGCCUGUCCGCAUGCCUCAAGUUAAGCUGUGGGAUAGAGAGGAUCACCCAUAAGAAGCGGGUCUAUAUAGCAGUUUAGGAAAUUCAAGGCUGAUUCAAGAUAUGAACAUAUUCAGGGUAUGAUAACAAUUAGCCAAUCAGUGUCCUCAAAUCUAAUCCAAAAAAAGCGAGUAUUUUAUCAGCCCUAACGAAAAGUUUUGAUGGAUGAAGAUUGUAUUGCAGGAGUCUUACAUUAUGUGAGUCUGUUGUUAUUAAUAAUGAGCAAACAAACCAUGCAUGCGUUUUGUUGUGUUUAGUAAUUCUGAACAAUCCAUAUGCUAGCUAUAUGCAGUCAGGUCAAGGCGGCUGAUAUAGUGCUCAUUUGGCAUGUGGUACUGUUUGGUAUCCAGCUUGACUAGUAUUUAAUUGUAUAAAAGAAAGCUCUAAACAAAUGUAACAUUUAUUUUAUAUAUAUUUUUUAUAUAUCUAUUUUAUUUAUAUAUUUAUUCCUCAAAGUUUUUGCUGUUGCACUGUUGGCUAUACAUACAAAAAAUAAAAUUGUUCUGGAAUGUUUUUCAUGUGCACUUUGGUGUGCUCAAUAAAGUUCUCAAGUAUA